AUGUCUGAUCAUCCCAAACCCAAACGAUUCAAGAAUAUGUUUGCUUUCUAUAAAAAAGAUGUUGAUAAUCAAACUUCAACACCAGUUGCAUCAGAGACUCCAAUGCCUUGUUCUGAUUGUCAUUCUUCCUUACCAAUUAAAGAAAUUGAAACUCCAUCAGAACAUGAUACUAAUGUGCCUCCAACUGUAACUAAUGUUCCAAUAGAAUCCCCUAUCCAAGCUGAUCCUGGAUUACGUGAAAUGAUUUAUUCAUUACCAGUGAAUCAUCAAGAUCAUAUCCGAAGGCAGUAUAUCCUUAUGGGACCUUGUCAACCCAAGUUACAAAAUUAUCCACAAACCUUUGAUGGACGUAAUAAUCGUCGUUUUCAAUAUAGAUGGUUCACACUAUUUCCUUGGAUGGAGUAUUCAGAAGCCAAAGACAUUGCAAAAGUUGUUCUUGAUAAUGCUCCCAAACAUGCCAUGUACAUUGCACCAUCGAUUCAGAAAGAGAUCCUAGAUAUAAUUGCUACCAAAAUUCGAAGUAGAAUUCGUGCAGAAAUUGGAGAUGCCAAGUUUUGUAUCUUAGUUGAUGAAUCACUUGAUGUAUCUCAUAAGGAGCAAAUGGCCAUUAUUAUAAGGUUUGUUGAUGAAGAUGGGUUUCUUCAAGAAAGGUUUCUUGAAAUUGUAACAGUUGAAGAUACUACUUCAGCUAAUCUUAAGAAGCAUAUAUGUAUUGUGCUUUCAAGAAACAAUCUCCAAGUGGAAAAUAUUCGUGGUCAAGGUUACGAUGGGGCUAGCAAUAUGCGUGGUCAAUUUCAUGGAUUGAAAACAUUAUUCCUUGAAGAUUGCCCAUAUGCCUAUUAUGUUCAUUGCUUUGCUCAUCGAUUACAGUUAGCUUUGAAUGCAUGUGCUAGAGAUUUAAAAGAUAUUCAAGAGGCAGAAAUUGCAGAAAGUUUAGCAGAUGGAAAUCUUGAAACAGGAAAAGGGCUUAACCAAAUCCAUAGUUUGAAGAGAGCAUGUAUGACUAGAUGGGGAUCUCACUUUGCUUCCAUUAGUACAUUAGUCCAUGUAUUUGAAGAAAUUACUCAACUUCUUCAAAGCAUGAUGAAUGAUAAAGAUCUCCUAGGAAGUGUAAGAGGUGAUGCAAAAGGUUACCUUAAGGCAUUGAGGGCAUUUGACUUUGUAUUUUGUUUGUUGCUCACUAACAAAGUUAUGGGAAUUACUGAUUUACUUUCUCAAGCCUUACAGAAGCAAUCACAAGACAUUGUUAAUGCCAUGAAUUUGGUUUCAAGUACAAAAGCACUUCUUCAAGCUUUGAGAGAUGAUGGUUGGAAUAGUUUUUUCCAAAGUGUCCUACGAUUUGGUGAAAAUCAUGGUCUUGAAAUGCCUAAUAUGGAUGCAGCUUAUUCAAUGGGUACUGGUCGUGGUUGUCAACAACAUAAUGUUGUUACAAAUGAACAUUAUUAUCAUUUUGACAUGUUUAAUAUGAUUAUAGAUGUUCAGAUGAUGGAGUUGAAUGACAGGUUCACUGAAGAAACUAUAGAGCUACUUAUUUGGAGCUCUGCGUUGGAUCCUAAAAACCAGUUCAAAAAUUUCGACAUGGAAAAGAUUUGCAAGCUUGCUGAGAUGUUUUAUCCUGAAGACUUUGAUGCAUCUGAGGUAAUAGCUUUGAGAUUACAGUUAGAACAUUACAAGUAUCAAGUAGUUUUUGAUAAAGAUUUUCAGAAACUAUCUUCCCUUGCACAAUUGUGUAGACGAUUAGUUGAAACAGACUUAGCACAACUUUUUCCCUUGGUUGAUAGAUUGAUUCGUUUAGUCUUGACACUUCCUGUUUCCACUGCAACUACUGAACGUGCAUUUUCAGCGAUGAAAAUUAUAAAGACUAGGCUUAGAAAUAAGAUGGAAGAUGGAUAUCUUUCAGGUUGUAUGAUGCUCCAUAUUGAAAAACAAUAUGUUGACACUAUUGACUCAGAUGAAGUAAUUGAUCAUUUUGAGUCUAUUGGAGAUCAUAGAGCGCAAUUUCGGUAUAGCAUAUUGUAUUUGUAA